CACCAGCCCAGGGCUCGCCGUGCUGACUUCACUCCUGCAAAGUUCUAACUUGGAAAAGAAAGAAAAAAAGGACCACAGAUUCAACAUGGCGGAAGGCUGCUGUGCUUCGAUCAUCAAGAUUCUUCUCUUCAUCUUCAACUUCGUCUUCUGGAUAAUCGGCAUCGCCAUCCUGGCUGUCGGCAUAUGGCUCCGUGUGGAUGACAGGAUUUCGAAGGUAGUCGCGGGAGAGAUCGACCUGGGGUUCUUCUACACGGCCUGCUAUGUGCUGAUCGUGGCCGGGGCCUUCACCAUGGUGGUCGGCUUCCUGGGCUGCUGGGGCGCCGUCAAGGAGAACAGGCUCUUCCUGCUGUUGUUCGCCAUUUUGAUCGGUCUGCUUGUGCUUCUGGAAUUCAUUGCCGGGAUUCUUGCAGUCGUCUACAGGAACGACUUGAAUAAAUGGGUCGAAGAGGCUAUUGGUGAUGCUCUGGAUGGUAAGAAGGUGAACGAGAUGGACAACGAUUUCCAGACAUUCGUUCGUGACCUUCAGGGAGAGUUUACAUGCUGCGGUCUGACCCAAACCAGUGACUGGUCAAAUCCGUGCACUCAAGGACAGUGUGCAGCCUGCACAGUUGGUAAUGACUGUGAAGUGUCUUCGUGCGGCCGGCUGGUACACAAGCCUUGUCUGACAACACUGAACAAGUUCCUUCAGGACAACAUCAUCAUCGUUGGAGGCGUAGGGCUGGCCUUUGCGUUUUUACAGAUCGUCGGGAUUGUGUUCGCCUGUAUCCUGCGGCGGAACCUGGACGAUUCCUCGUCCAACGUGGCCUAGAAGCACUCCGAGUCAUGCAGCUGUGAAACUACUGUAGAAAACUGAUUUCUAAACUUGACCAGUUCGCAUUCGUAGCUUACUCUUUAAAUCGGCUUUGCCUACACUAGUUGUGACUUUGUUACUCAAUAUCCUAUACAUGUAUUAUGGAUUGCUUUAUUGCUAGGAUCGAUGAGAAACCUGCACUUUUUAUUUCAGAUGUUGCAUAUUCAAAUUGUGAAGGUUUGAUAGACAGACGUAAACUUAAAACACCUGAUAGAUACUUUAUUUUUGUGUAAUUCUGACAGCAUGUAAGUACGUCACUAACUUCUGAUAGCAUUUAAUCCACGUUUGUUUGACUAGUGUUGCAAAAGGAGAAUUAAUUCCGACUUUCUUAUUCUCUUUUUUGACGUGUGUGGAAAGUUUGGUUACUUUUUUGCAGAAUUAGCUAACCACCAACCGUUAUUCACGUGCCUUAAGUAUGCGUAAGUCGCUUUGUAAAGAAACAACGAUGGUUUAGUAUCUCGGCAGUAGGGUCUGGUUAUACAAUGAACUUUAGAUACCUCUUGUAUUUUGAUUCAAAACUUUGUAACAAUGAUCUAAGAGCAAUGUUCGUUAUAUUUGUACAUUCCUUUGUUCGGAAAUAAAAUUUGCAAUGACUGGAAA